CGUGACUUGUGUUGUCCUUUCUGGUUUCCGGUCGUCUACAAUGAAGAUCGAACUUUGUUCAUACAGUGGCCUCAAAAUCUACCCAGGCCAUGGCAAACGCUUGGUCAAGGCAGAUGGCAGGACUUUUCACUUUUUGAGCCACAAAUGUGAGCGCUCACAUGCAAUGAAACGCAACCCUCGUAAUAUCAACUGGACUGUGCUGUACCGUAGGAAACACAAGAAGGGUCAAGUUGAAGAGAUUUCCAAGAGAAGGUCACGUCGCACUCAAAAGUUCCAAAGAGCUAUUACUGGUGCUACUCUUAAUGAUAUUUUGGCAAAGAGGAACCAAAAACCUGAAGUGCGCAAAGCUCAGCGUGAGCAGGCCAUCAGAGCAUACAAAGAGAAAGUUAAAGUAAAGGAGGCCCAGAAAAAGACUGUAAAGCCUGUACCUACCAAGCAACCUAAACAAGCCAAGGCUCCUAAACAACCUAUGGCCAAAGCACCUAGAGUUGGUGGAAAACGAUAGAUAAUGAAAUAAAGAUUUGCCAUUUC